ACGGCACACGAAGUCGCGUCGUAGUUUAAAGGCACACUCUGUACAAACUAGACACGCACGCUCUUUUUUUCUCUCCUCCUACGUAUCUCCGUCUCGUCUCGUCUCGACCAGCCUCGUCUCGUCUCGCCUUGUCACGUAGUGAGAGCAACAGAUACAUAUACGUGCACGUAGAAAACGAAACCGACCUAUCUACGAGAAAAAAAGCGAAAGAAAACAAAAAAAAAAGGCAGAAAAGCGAAAUGCAUCGCCCGGCCGGUGACUGGAGAAAAGUCCUACUCGUGUAUAUUUUGCCAUUAUUUUCAUACGCGACACCGGCGGUGCACAUGAAUGUGCAGCUGAUUGCGCCGCAAUAUGUAACAUUGGGCGAUACGGCCAUCCUAGUCUGCAAUCACACUGUCUCGGAAGAGCUGCUGCACAAAAUAGAGUUUAUGAAAGGCGAAAAGAGGAUAUUCCAUUAUGUAAAGGAAAGGAAUCCGCCGUACAUCGGGAAUCACGUCGAGGGCGCCAAACUGGAGUACUCGAAGAAUGGCACGACAAUCAAACUGCACGAUGUGCGUUUCGAGGCUUCCGGUAUUUACACCUGCGAGGUGACCAUGACAACGCCCAUUUAUACCGCGGGUGCUGAACCCGUGCAGAUGAAAGUGAUAGUUCCACAGGUUGGCAAUCCUAAGAUUACGUUCCAGAAGAACAUAUACAUGGUCGGCGAGACUCUGGAGGCGAACUGCACCUCCUCGCCCGCACGUCCAGUUCCUUACAUAACAUGGUUUAUAAACGGGAAAGAGGUGGAUAUCACUAUGGUGAAUCAUUAUCCGCACACGCAUCACAAAGACCAACUGAUGUCCGCCACCGCGAGGUUGAAGGUGGAAGUUUCCGAGUUGCACGCUGGGCAAAAUGGACACUUGGAGAUCAGCUGCCGGGCGACGAUACCGGACUUUCCCAUGUAUCACGAGGAAUUUGCCGAUAUCAGGAAAAAGACGGUGUCGGUGCAAAUCAUAUCAGCACCGGAUAUGACGUCUUCCGCGGCGAUUCUCAUACGAGAACUAACGCUAUCUACGAUAUUGUGCAUACUGAGCGCGAUGCACGAGUUCAUUCCUUAAUAAAAGUCAAUUGUUCUAGGAUAAUUCGGCUGUAACAUACGUAAUCGUAAGGUAUUAAGACGAAACGAUGAACGUAAGAUCGAACAAUCACAAUGUCUUCCUUCGAUAUAUUGAAAUACACGGGGGCAGCGGUUUUAUUGUCUUUGCAGAAGUUUUGUAACUCAUAGACGCGGCUUCUUCGUGCGCAACUAUUUUCGAUUAUUGCUUAUAACGAACGUCGUCUGUCUCGCGAAACAUAUCAAUUCCCAUGAGAUGUAACGAAUCCGAAUGUUCGGUAAGGUGUGUCGGAAAGUUAUGUCCACUUUUUCUUUCGAACAGAUCCAUUUAUUUCGUAGAACGCUCAAUCUCGACGUUUCUAGCUGAAAAAUUGAAAAGCUUAAGACGAAACAAGAAUUGCGCGAAAUGCCUUCGCUUUAACCUUCGCUCUGAAUCAGGAAACUUUGACAAAUAAUGCACCGAUAUAUCGCUGAAUUAGUUGAAAAACAUACUUUUGAAGGAACAAUCUUUUUCUCAUAGACUCUCUUGUACUGCUGUGCACAAAAUUUCAUCUAGUUUCUAAGGUUAAAUGUGACUUUAUUAAAUAUAAGGAGACCUCUACGUACGUAAAGUCACGACAUAGUUUUCCGAUACGCGUACUAUAACAUUUCAUCUAGUCUCGCCUCGCCGUUUGGAAGCAUCGUAUUUUUCAAGCCCGCGAAUAUACGUUCUUGUUAUUGUGAACGCGUUUUUUUUUAAACCACGUAAAAUAGCAAAAAUCGGAAAAAAAACUCAGGAUCAGUUAUUUAGAUUUA